UAAAGUGGAACCUUUGUUGCACUGUUUUAGCUUCAAGGGGGACUAAAAACACCGUCGGACCCAUGUGGGCGUGCGGGACAAGGGCUUCCUGUUAUGAACUAAGGGAAACGACCCGGCGGGAGUAACGUUAUCAGUAUUGACUUACUAAACAGUGUUGAGCGGAGGAGCCAUGCCUUUCCUCCAUGGGUUUCGCAGGAUAUAUGAGUACAAGCCGCUCGUGGACGCUGUCAUGAGUGUAGUCGGACUGCUGGAAGGAGGCGGAAGUCACGAGGACAGAGUCAGAAGCCCUGAGGGUGAGUCCGCUCCUUGUAGCUCUCUGGCGGAGCUUCUGGAGCGAGAGUCCCAGUCAGAAGUGUUUGUGGAAGGCAUCAGCUGUUCUCUCUCUAAGGUAGCAGAGCAUGGACUGGUCGACGCCGCUGAAAUCCUUCUACGAUACGGAGCUGAUCUAAACUUUGAGGACCCAGUGUCCUACUAUAACCCUCUCCAUAUGGCAGUUUUGAGGAACAAACCAGACAUGGUGAGGCUGCUGGUCAGGCACGGAGCAGACGUUGAAAAGAGAGACAGGAUCCAUGAGAGCAGUCCCUUGGAUCUGGCCAGUGAGGAGUUGGAGAGGCUGCCCUGCUUGCUCGUCCUUCUGGAGCUCGGUGCUGAUGUCAAUGCAAGGGAUAAACAUGGAAAAACCCCUUUGCUCCAUGCCUUUGCAAGCAGCGACGGACUCACUGUGCACAACAUAGAGAACAUUGAGCUUCUUCUUCAGAGAGGCGCUGACGUGAAUGCGGCUUCUUUAGACGGUGAAACGGCUUUGUCCUUGCUGGUGUUUGUGGUCACGGAGGCUCUGGAGGCCACCGCGGAGGACGCUGCUGAGAUGGGUAACUUUUGCUUGAAAGCCACACAGCUACUUUUGUCUCACGGUGUGGACCCCAGCUCCUGUCUGAACGCGGACGGCAAGUCCUCGGUGAUGCCCACCCUGACGCAGACGAGCCUGGAGCACUUCGACCUGCUCUUCCCUCUGGCGGUGCUGUUAAUCCGGAGCGGAGCGUCUUUGGUUUGCUCCCAUCACGGCGACUCUUGUUGGUCAGGGUACAGCCUCCUUUUCCAGCGGCUCCACACAGCCCUGCAGCAAUGCCCCGAUAAGAGUCACGCCUCCGAGCUGCUGGAGCAAGCUGAGGUGUUGCUCGACUUAGCGAAGGUUGACCUCAUCGCGUUGCAUGUGGAAGUGAAGCUCCCUGUGCCCGGUCGAGACCCUCACCCCUACGCUCAGGCUCUCAAGGACCUGCACAGCCGCGUAGAAGAGCAUGAAGCGAACCCUCCUGCUCUGCAAAGCUUUUGUAGGGCGUUUAUAAGGAGCCACCUACAGCCUGGGCCCCUGGAAGACAGAGUGAAAGCUUUGCCAUUACCGGACAAACUGAAAGACUUUAUUCUUCCUGAGCCUUUCCCUAAGCCCGGCUGGGACUGCUUCAAGCCCCAACUUAGCCAGCGCUGACAAUAUAAGCUACCAAUAGUUUGUGCUCUACCUGAAAAUCUAAAUUGAAGGACUGAAAAGGCCUGUAGUAGUUGUAUAAAAGUACUGAGCACCAUUGAGGCCUUUAUUUCAAAUCUUAUCAUAGUUUUCUCUGCCAAAUGACCAGACAACCAGUGUAUGUUUACUUCAAGACACAAAGUUAUGUCAAAUUACAACUACAUUUAAACUGCCACACAGUGAAGUGAGUCAUAUCAGUGAGUUUAGGCAGCGGCAAUACACAAUACAAUCCACCAGAUGGCAAUGUUGCUCUCUCAGCUCAGAUGUUAGGGUCACAGAUUUAGCCAUUCACAGAGCAGCAUGUUUAAGUUGUUCCAGCGCAGUAGGCUCCAUCUAUAUUUCAUCUCCUCAACAUGAUGGUGGUGUAAUUUGUGAAUAUUCUCGCUUAAAUAUAAAAAUGAACCAAUAAAUCAGUCGGGUUUCUCCCCAUCAGAGUCCUGACAGCUGCACACAAA